AUGGCUUCCCCCUCGACCUGCCUCGCUGAAGCCCAUAGGUCAACUGUGAUCGGCAAUCUCCAAGCCUCGACCAUACGAGUCUGUCGAGGUGGUCAUUGGUCAGGUUACGACUAUCCUCAGUGA